GCGGGCCGCGCCGGGCUCCUGCGGGGCGGGGGCGGCGCUGGCGCUGCGCGGGCCCCGCGGCUUCCCCCUCGGCUUGGCCGCGGCUGCCCAGCGGCAUCCGGGCCCCGCCACCAUGUUCAGGCGGAUUCUGCAGCGGACUCCUGGUAGAGGUGGGUCUCAGAGCUCAGAUUCGGAUUCAUCUGCCACACCAGGAAAUGCUGUGGAUGUGAACAAUGAAGGCUCCUCAGAGGGUUUCAUCUGCCCACUGUGUAUGAAAGUGUAUGUAACUCCCACUGAUCUGUCUGAGCAUUACAAGAAUGAGCACACUGGGACAGAAGGAAGACAGGAACUUCGUGACCUCCCAGCUUUUACUGGCUUUAUUUGUCCUCUGUGUAUGAAGUCUCAUGGGUCAGCUGAAGAGCUGUUCAAGCACUAUGAAGCAGUUCAUAAUUCUGGCAUUGAUUCAACUCAUGGAGGGGAAGGUCAUCUGUCACUGGAAAGAGAUGAAGUGUCACUGCUCCGACAAGAAGUCCAAGACUUGCAAGCUUCGCUGAAGGAGGAGAGGUGGUAUUCAGAAGAGCUGAAGAAAGAACUAGAGAAAUUGCAGGGGCAGCGGCAGCAAGAUUCUAAGUCUGAUGGAUUGACAACAGCUACAUCUACAGAAUCCUUAGAACGGCAACUAGAAGAGAUCCAAGUAGAAAAUUUUAACAUUAAACAAAUGAAAGACUUAUUUGAGCAAAAAGCAGCACAACUGUCCACUGAAAUUGUGGAUCUUAAAUCAAAGUAUGAUGAAGAAAUCAGCCUUCGGGAAGGUGUAGAACAGAAAAUGAAAAACCUGACACAAGAACUGCAGAAGGAGAGGAGUAUUGUCGAAGACUUAAAGACAGAGCUGCUGCAAAGGCCUGGUGUGGAAGAUGUGGCUGUCCUGAAAAAGGAACUGGUCCAAGUUCAGACCUUGAUGGACAAAAUGACUCUGGAAUGUGAGCGAGAAUCUGAAAAGCUGAAAGAUGAGUGCAAGCACUUGCAGGAAGAGCAGGCUAAUUCGGAGGCUACCAUUAACCAGUUAAGAGCUGAACUUGCCAAAGGACCUCAGGAGGUAGCUGUGUAUGUUCAGGAGCUGCAGAAACUUCGAAGUUCAGUCCAAGAGCUAGAACAGAAAAAUCAGAGUCUGACCGAGAAACUGCUGAAGAAAGAACAAGACUACAUCCAGCUAGAAGAAAAACACAAUGAAGUAUCUGUUAGUAAGAAGAACGUGCAGGCAAGCUUUCACCAGAAAGACUUGGACUGCCAACAGCUUCAGGCAAAGCUGUCUGCGUCUGAAGCCUCAAUACAGAGACUACAGACAGAGCUAGGUGAGAGGGGGGAAGCAAGCCAGAAACUUAAAGAAGAGUUAUCUGAAAUAGAGACAAAGUAUCAGCAUCUCAAGGCGGAAUGCAAACAGCUCCAGCAGCAGAGGGAGGAAAAGGAGCAGCACGGCCUGCAGCUCCAAAGUGAGCUCAGUCAGUUGCACAGUAAACUUCUAGAAACAGAACGCCAGCUGGGAGAAGCCCAUGGGCGGCUCAAGGAACAGAGGCAGCUGUCUAGUGAGAAACUGAUGGACAAAGAGCAGCAGGUGGCUGAUCUGCAAUUAAAACUUUCUCGUGCUGAAGAGCAGCUAAAGGAAAAAUCAGCCAGUUCCACAGAACUGCAGCAUCAAUUAGAUAAGGCAAAACAGCAGCACCAGGAACAGCAGACACUUCAGCAAAAUACUACAGCAAAACUACGAGAAGCCCAGAAUGAUUUGGAGCAAGUGCUGCGACAAAUUGGAGAUAAGGACCAAAAAAUUCAAAACCUCGAGGCUUUGCUUCAAAAAAGCAAAGACAACAUCUCUCUGCUAGAAAAGGAAAGAGAGGACUUGUAUGCAAAAAUUCAAGCUGGUGAAGGAGAAACUGCAGUUCUUAAUCAGCUACAAGAGAAAAACCAUGCAUUGCAAAUACAGGUAACUCAGCUGACAGAGAAGCUGAAGAAUCAAUCAGAAAGUCAUAAACAAGCUCAAGAGAAUUUGCACGAGCAAGUGCAAGAGCAGAAGGCACAUCUAAGAGCUGCUCAGGACCGUGUGCUCUCCCUGGAAGCAAACAUCACUGAACUUACCAGCCAGCUAAAUGAAAGUAAAGAGAAAGUUUCACAACUUGAUGUACAGGUAAAAGCAAAGACUGAAUUGCUACUUUCAGCAGAGGCAUCGAAAACUGCUCAAAGAGCAGACCUUCAGAAUCACCUGGACACUGCCCAGCAUGCACUGCAAGAUAAGCAACAGGAGUUAAAUAAGGUCAGUGUUCAGUUGGAUCAGGUUACAGCUAAGCUGAAUGACAAGCAGGAAUACUGUGCUCAGCUGGAAGCCAAUCUUAAAGAGUACAAAGAGAAACAUCUUUAUUUAGAACAGAAAACUGAAGAGCUAGCAGGACAGCUUAAGAAACUUGAAGCUGACUUUCUUGAUGCGAAAGCAAGCAAAGAACAAGCUCUUCAGGAGUUAGAGCAGCAGCGACAGCAAUGUACAGAACUAGACCUCCGGGCUGCAGAGCUGUGUAAACAACUGGAAGCAUCAAGAGAAGCGAUGUCUAAUGCUAAAUCAGAUUUACAGAAGAAAUCUGAAGCCCUUGAACAAGCAAAACAGCAAAUUUCAAAGCAGGAGGAGGAAAAGGCCAGCCUCAAACAAAAUCUUGAUAAACUAAAUCAAGAUACAAGUAAACAACUCAAAGAAUUAGACUGUAAAAUGCAAGCAGCAACAUCAGAGCUGCAACAAGUCAAAGUAGAGAAGGACAGUCUAUUAAAGGACCUUACAGCUACCAAAGAGAAGCUCUCAAAAAGUUCAGAAUCCUUCAAAAAAAGAAAGGAGGAAUUAGAAAAAGAAAUACAAAAAGGAAAAUCAGCUAUGGCAGAAAUGGAAAAAUCCUGCCAAGAAGUAAAACAACAACUCCAGGUACAAACAGAGUCUGUAGCUAAAGAGAGGAAUGAAUUGAAAAACUCACUGGAAAAAAAGGAGGGGAUUUCUAAGCAGUUGUCAAUAGAACUUGAUUCAGCACGAGCACAAGUACUGGAAAUUCAGGGUCUUCUGAAAGAGAAAGAAAAGAGCGAGCACCAUCUUCAGGGAAAGCUGAGAGACUUAAAGGAAUCUUUUGAGCAAAAGAAAAAACAUAGUGAGACUCUGCAAGCUGAAUUAAAAACUGCACUUUUAGAAAAGGCAGAACUGGAGAAUAAAUUGCAACAGCAGUCUAUUUUGUCAGCACAGGAGCUUAAAGCAGAGAAAGUCAAGCUCGCAGACUUACAGAAGACCCAUGAAAAAGAUAAGGAGAACUUGGAGAAGUUGCAGCUGGACCUUUAUGGGAAAGAGUCUGAGCUGCUGGCAACCAGGCAAGACCUUAAGUCCACAGAAGAAAAACUUGCUCUAGCUCAAGAAGAAUUAGUUUCCAGCAGAAAUCGACUUGCUAGCAAUAAUCAGCAGAUUCAGGAGCUGAAGAAAGCAAAGUCUACACUGGAGCAGGAUGCAUCAAAGAAGGAGCAGCAGCUGGGUGAGAAGACCAAAAUGUUACAGGAUCUUCAGAAUGACAAGAUCUUGAAAGAAAAAGACUUGGCUAAUGAAAAAUGUAAAACAACAGAGCUCCAGGAAAUAAGGAGUAGACUUGAAAAAGAAAGUGCCAAGCUGGGUGAAGAGCUUAGAGCCUGCAAGCAAGAAUUUGAGAAGGAUGUGGCAAAUCUCAAGGAUGCAAAACAACUAUUGAUUCAACAGAAACUAGAGCUGCAGGGCAAAAUAGAUAAUAUGAAUUCAGCUCUGGAACAGGAGAAGAAAACCCAGCAAACUGUCAAGGAUCAGCUGAAAAAGAGAGAAGAGGAGCUGAAGAGAGAAUAUGCUGAAAUUGAAGCAAAGCUGCACACAGAACAAAAAGAGAAAGAAGAAGAAAACCGGAAACAUGAGGAGAAGGAGACCAAGCUUACCAUGCAGGUCACAGCUCUGAAUGAAAACCUGGCUACCAUGAAGAAAGAGUGGCAAAGCAGUCAGAGGCGAGUGAGCGAGCUGGAGAAGCAGACGGACGAUUUACGUGGGGACAUUGCUGUCUUGGAAGCAACAGUGCAGAAUAAUCAGGAUGAGAGAAGAGCAUUGCUGGAGAGGUGUAUAAAAAGUGAGGGAGAAAUUGAAAAGCUUCAAGCCAAACUUGUAGAAAUGAAGAAAAAGCUGGACAACACUACUGCUGCAAUGCAGGAACUUGGCCGGGAAAACCAGUCAUUACAGAUCAAACACACCCAAGCUCUCAACAGGAAGUGGGCAGAAGACAAUGAGGUACAGAAUUGUAUGGCCUGUGGAAAAGGCUUUUCGGUGACAGUGAGAAGGCAUCACUGUAGACAGUGUGGAAAUAUCUUUUGUGCCGAGUGCUCAGCUAAGAAUGCCUUAACUCCUUCUUCUAAGAAGCCUGUCCGAGUCUGUGAUACUUGCUUUAAUGACUUGCAAGGAUAACUGGCUAUUGUGAGUGACAAAGAAAUGUUACACUAAAAUUUAUAAUUUCUGUUGAUGCACUUCAUUCAGCACUCAGACUACUAUUCACUUUGGACAAUGAUUGUAACACUUGGCAAAAUUUAGUAUAUUUUAAAAUGUUUAUUGAUACCAAGUAAAACUAUUGUAUUUUUUGUGAGACAUGGGCUCAGAUCAUCCAUAGCUUAUUGCCAUGUAUCCUGGGAAGAGCUUCUAUGUCUAGUUUAGAAAUGCCCAGUUAUUUGUAAAUAAAGUUUAAACAGAGGAGUAACAAUGUAUUUUUUUAUCUUUUAUUUUUUUGUUCAAGAAAAACACAUUUAUGUGAUAUGCAGUUUAUUCUUGUUUCCUUCAAAGAAAAAGGAAGAUGCAAAAACUUAUGAGGAUUUUAUGUAUGAAACGUUGCUAUGAAAGCGUAACUAACUGUUGUGUUUGAUUGCAUAUCUGAUGUUCUUUAUAACCUCUUGUGAUUUUGUUUUCUUUCUAUCUAUCUGUUUUUUGGAGUUUUCUCUCUGAAGCUCAGACUCCACAGUGAGGGUAACGGCUGGACUUGACUCCAACUCGGUUUUAUUUGCCCACUUAGAACUUGUAGUAUCAUCACCCAAGUCCUUAGCCAGCUACAGUGCUUGGAUACUGGAACAUCUUUACAUGUGCUGUACUUCAUAGUUUGUGUGUGUGUGUAACUGAGAGAGUGUGUGUGAACGAACGAUGAGACAAAGUUCAGCUGGCGUUAUAGGAAUAUUACAAGAUACGUUACAGUAUUCCCUUCUGUAUUGAUCAAUUUCACUUUUAUGUAUUCGGUUGAUGGAUUUUAAUACUCCAGAAACGGUUAUAUGUGGAUUUUGAAAAGAAACAAACAAUACUGGUAAUAGCCUGUAGUGCGUCUCUCCCCCUGCCCAUACCCUGAAAGCCCUGAGAGGUCCUUGUGGUUUAAGGGACAUCCAGACCUUUCAUGCUGGGUAUUCUACUAAGAAAAAGUAUUUUUUGAGACUUCUGCAGUUUAUCUGACCUUUUCUUUUGUCCCUUCCCUCAGCUUUUGCUGGAAGAAGCUGAACUGCUACACCUAACAAGCCUCAGUUUUCCAUUACUUCAUCUGAUCCCCAUUACUGGAGGGUCUUAAAUAUUGUGAUAUUUGUAUGAUUAGGUUUGCUCAGAAUGGUGGUGUGAAUCUCCUGCCAGUGGCUUACUUAUAAGUGAAACAGCUCUAAAAAGAGGCCAGUAUAUAUGUCUUUAGAUAUCGAUUAAUAUUUUCUUUGCUGUACUUGCAGCAGAGGUUUCUUGCAGAGUUCCUGUAGGCUUCAAACUUCUUUUUUGUUCUAAUUUUACUUACACCUGUUUAUUCUUCCCAGCCUGUCCCUAGCUUUUCUUCCCUUUUUGUCUGGUAUUUCGAAACCAUUAAGGUUAUUUCUUCUGAGUGAGGGUUAUGCCUUUCUAUAUUUAAGGACCCUUUGUUUUAAACACUGUAAUAAAUUCCCCACACUCCAAGCCCUUCUGUGUCUUACAAAUUUUUGCCAGCUGUUCAGAGAAUUCCUCUACUGUCCUGAAUUCCUCUACUUCUUGCCUGAGGUAAGGAAUCGAAUUCUGUCAGUGAUGGAGGCUUAGCAGGCAGGUUCGUUUGCCUUUAUCUAUCAACAGCUCUAUAUGUGAAUGAAGGAGAGUAUUUUUUAUGAAAAAUAUCUAGUCCUAAUUAACUCUCAAGUGAAAAUACUUCUUAAUCCCUCUUCUCCAGAAGAAGUGGUCUGUAUGUUUUUAUCCCAUUUUAGCUUACCUGUCUAGUUCUACAUUGCAGCCUCCAGGAGUCUUCCUCAAGUUUUCUUAAAAUAAGAGUUUAAUUUCCCAAAAGUCAGCUGAAUAAUGUAACUGCUUCUCCUCACUGUUAAAGUGUUUGGGGUACAGCCAUGGUUUAUGGGAAAUUCUGGCCUGCUUUUCUAUUUUGGACUUGAGAGUUGCUUGUUCAAAAGAAACAAUUGCUGCAGUGAUUCUGUAUGCACAAAGCCUCUGGACUUGCUGUUUCUCUUUGUCAUUGUAACUGUUUGGCAUAAGAAUCUUUUGAAUAGAAAAUAUUAACAGAAUCUCUACCUCUGGGAAUUUUUUUUUACUUAUUUAUUGAGUAAAUCUGAAGAGUUUGCUUUCAAGCCUUUCUUUGUCUGAUGCCUGACUUCAGAAAUGUGGGAAAGGUAAAGAGGUGACAGUCGCUUUCCAGCCUAGAGCUGCUCUGUCCUGUUGUGUUUCACAUGGAGCCUUGUGCUGCUUCCAGGGUGAAGGAUGACCACGUGGAGCAGAAGGGAUUUUGAGAGGGAAGAGAGAAGCUUCUUGUGACUGCGUGAGGGCAGAAUGCAUGAGGCAGAGGAAGAUGGAGCUAGGAAAAUGGUUAAAACACUCGUGUUUAGUCAUUUUGCUUUAGAAUGGGAACGUGUGAGAGAAAGCUGAGGAGAGAGCUCUGCAGUAAAGAGGAAGUGGUAGAAGCUCUAGUAGAGUUGUUCCUAAUUGAGCCUUUUGGGAUGCUUUGGUGUAAAGACAGGCAGAGUUGUCUUCCUCGGCUGGCUGCUGAAGCAGUGCAGUUGGUUGACCACCAAUCCAGACCUUGAUCUGAAGCUCCUCAAUUUCAGGAGCAAAACCAGCUUGAUUUCUGGAGGUUGCUUUUUGCUGAUCAGUUUGUAUUAUGAACUUUUUGAGGGGGUGGAAGUACUUUUCAAAUACACAGUUUUUGAAAGGGAGAUUGUUAAAAUCUGGAGAAACAGUGGUGAGCUAGAAACUUUAAUGCUUGAGCUUUGAGUCUUCAGCAAUAGGUCAGGCUUUCUACAGCUUUUCAACUGUUGUAUAUUUAUGACUCCAUUGGUAAAUCUUAUGAUCCUUCUUUUGUUUCUUACGUUUCUUAGUGCUGGUCUAUAUUUGUUGUUAUAAUUGACCCUGUAAUUCUCGCCAGGUUGGAAGUUGUGCUCAAGCUUGAUAAAAUGACCUAUGAGAUACAUAAUUAGGGAAACUGAAAGGUGAAAAACUUUGUAUUAAUAAAUCUGCUUGCAGAGUGUGACUGUUUUGAUGGGCAUGUUGUCAGUAGGAAAGUGGGUUUUUUGUUGCACUGCUUUAAAAUGUAAAUGAUAGGGAAACCUAGUAAAAAGCUUGGUAACUUUUACCAUGCUGAGUUAAAGGAAUCCAGACAAAAUAAUUUAAUGGACUGAUUUUUCAGACUGCAAACCCGGGAACAGAGGGAAAAACUAAUAAAAUCGCAGAAGAGGCUAGAGCCUUGGAACUGGAGGAUGCACAGUGAUGUGUUUGAACAGCCUCUGGCGGGAACCAGAUUGCUCUGAUUCACUGGGGAGAGGCCAUUAUAGAGCAAGAGGUGGAAAUAAUUGUAAAAUGAGCUCUUGAACCAGGAGGUUUGUGGGAUCCUCAAGCUGCCUUUGAUUAAUAGCCAUUACGAUGGCAUCAGGAAUGGGACAGUGAAGUGUAGGGCUUGUUGCUGAAACUGCCCCCUGUGCAAGACACUCCAUCUACUUUCAGCUUUGCUGGGGGAGUGCAGUGUGAGACAUCAGCUGCUACAUGGGCUGAGACAAGCUACAUAGGCCAUUGGAAAAGUGUAGAGGAUUUUCUUGUUAAGGGUGGGGAUACAUUCUUUAACUUCCUGGAGACAUCACCUCUCUUCCCAGUCAAACAGCUACAGUCAUUUUGGUUAUUGCCUCCAAAAAGCCAAAUUCUGCUGUUCUGCUCCAGCCUCAUGUCUGCAACACACACUUCAUAUUUUUGUCCUGCAGUGUCUGGAAGCAGGUAGUGUUGCAGACGUCAGUGUCAGUGAUCUUAGCUGGCUGUGCUUUGCUGUUAUUUCUUAUCCCCAUGUAUUCCUUCCCUCCAGUAAUCUUCCCCUUUCUGCAAAAGUUGAACAAAGAGGAUAAAAUUAAUGAGUCACAGUAGGAAGCGCUGCUGUCUGCAAAUGAAGAGACAAAAGGAAUUUUCUGCUGCAGCUUCCAGCAGAGGCAAGAAGUUUAGAGGGAGCUCGUUUUUCAGUUGGCUUUGCUCUCUGGCACAAGAGUCCAAGGCUCUAGGGUACACUGUGGGUAUUUUCCUCUGUCUUUCAAAGGUGUCAAGUAACCAAGUUGCCAUGGAGUGUGAAGUGCUAGGUACACAAGAAAAACAAAUAACUGUUUUUGUUGGGUUUGGAAUGAUUAGGAUUAUUUGUGAAUCCAUACUGGAAAAGCUUUCUUAGUGAAGCAAGAAGGGAUUUGGGAGCAGAAGCAUGAAGUAAUCUUGCUGUGCUUGUAUUACAUUAGUGAGAACAAUUGAGUCUCUCAUGCUAGAUGUGAGAGAAGUUACAUUCCUAAAGAAAGGACCUGGAAAAUUCAAGUACUUUCCUGGAUUGUUGAAUAUCAGUUAAAUGCAAAAUGGGAACAAAUGGUUGUUGCAAAACUUAAAAGAUUUAUGACCAGUACUCAGUGGCAGAGAACUGCUGGAGCUUAAGUUCAAACAAAAUAUAAACUAUGCCAAGAAGAAUGAUACCAUGGUUUGAGUAUAUGGAAACUGAUACAUUUCUCCUCCAAGUACCAGGCCUCCCACUCUUGUAUGCUUGGAAGGACUAGGAAACAACACUGUUAGCUGCACCAUGCACUUUUUGAUGUCUAACUGAAUAUAAUUUACAGUAAGUGGAAUGACAUUAUAUGUAUUGGCUGUAAUCAAUGGACAGAAGGUUUGUCUUCAGCUGGACUUUCCACUGUAUUACAUUUGGCCUCUUCCUGUGUAAGGAGAAACUCACCCAUAAUUCCUUUGUACCAAAAAUAUGAUUGUCUUCUGAGAGCACAUGUAACCACAAAAAUACACGUAGUCAUGCGUAUGUUGUCUUUGUAGAGCUUCAUUUGAAGAUUAUAAAAUGAGAAAGUGUGAAUUUAAUGCAUUUUCAAAGGUCUUGCCAGUUGUCCAAUUCUUAAUUUUUUUAAGUGUUGACCUCAGCAUCCCUUCUAGGAUAAGUUUAAAAUUAUUGUCCAACCACAGCCUCUCCAAAAGCAUGAAAUGGUGUACUUUUCAAAACCAGCAAUCAUUGAAUAGUAAAGUCCUGCCACAGAUACCUGGUUUUGGGGUAUUUUUUUUUGUUUGUUUGUUUCUUUCUUUUUUUAAGGGGCACUGAGUAAAGAGGUUUGCAUCUUUAGAGAGAAAAUUAGAUGCCAGUUCAGACCACACAAUGUAGAGGUUAGGUACUAGUUAAUAUAGUAAACUCUGCCUUUUGUCUGUAGCUCACCACAUACUAUGCAUGCACUGUGCAGUAGAUACAAGGAGUAUCUGCUCAUUUGGAGAUAACUGAAGCCCUGCUAACCCUUUUGGAUUAACGUUACUAUGAAAGUAGAAGCCUGGUAUGCGUGUUUUCCAAUUUUUCCUCCCCUUAUGACCUAAAUUAAAACCAAAUUCAUCUGUAUUUCCUGCCUUUUUUGGGUAAAGAAGGCUAGGAAAGAGUGUUCAUUGUUGUAUGUCAACAGGCCAGUGCUGGCAGGUCCAGGCUUCUGCUGUUGGCUUUAUGGCAAAGUACUCUGCUGUAUCGCACUAAAGCUUAAUUCCUGGUACAAGAGGGAUGUAUGAAAGAAUGUCUUGCUGGAUUAGCAAUUAACCAGAACUUUUUAUAGUAAUGUGUCCAAAAUGCUGCUUGUAUAGGAUUUGUCACUUUUUUUUAAGAAAAAAAAAAAAUAAUAAAAAAAAAUCAUAAAACCCCAUUUGAUGUCAUUACGUAAGAUUUUGUUUAAACUACCUCUCAGCGUGAAAGUCAAACACUAGGUAAGUUUUAUAAGGUUUGCUCACUGUCGUGUUAUGUUCAAAUUAUAGUGAAUGCCAAAACUGCAGAAGUUUACCAAAAAGGAAAAAAGUUAGUUGUUUGGGGGUUUUUUUAUGUGUUUGAAAGUAUCCAAUAGUUUCAAGUUACUGUAAACUCUGUUGUGUUCUUUUAACGUCUGUAGUUUCAGUUGCAAACUCUAGCUGCUGGACAGGAAAUAAAUCAUAACCACAAGCUUUCAUAAUCAUGGUCUUCUGGGUAAAAACAAUUUGGUAUGCAGCUUUGCCAUUUGGCUAUAGAUAACCUCAUUCAGCAAAUACACCAAUAAUUUAGUUCUCUUUUUUUUUUUUUUCCUUCAGUACUCGAGAUGUGAACUUGAUGAAUGUGAGUCUGUAAUGGAUGCGUGCCACAAAUUACAUUGUCUUGUUUGCCUCUUUUUGAAUUUUAAUGAUUGGUUUAUUACCUACUGCAGAUGUGAAUGUUGCGCAUACAACUUAAUUUCUCUAUUGCUGUAUAAAAUAUAAAUGGAAAAAUUUGUAAGUUCUUACCCAGUAUUUAGAGGUAAUGUAUGAUACUAGCCUUAUGUUGAAGUUUUACCUACAGAGUACUGCACUUCUUUUAAACUGGAUCAUACCAUCUUGGUAGGUGUAGAUAGAAUUUUUUUUUUGCAUGAGUGUGUUUUUGUUCUGUUUCUUUUUUACUGAAGUUCAGUUCUCUAAAGUUCUAUUUUCAGUGUUUGUGUUUACUACUUGUGAUCAUGUAGUUGUGCCUUACGUUGUGAAAUAAUUUAGUCCAGUGUGCACUGUAAUUCCUAAACUGCGAUUUGGAAGGUGGCUGUGGAUUUGGAUGAGAAAAUGACACCAUACAUCAACCAGUUCUGUGUAAACUAUGAUUAAAUGUUACUGAAAUGUCAUUUUUUGUUUUCUAACCUGUUAAAAGAAUGAUUAAUGACAAUAAAAAAAUAAAUUAGACCUUUCUAA